AUGGGCGUUUCCAGAUAUCACAGGCGGUUCCACAUGCUCGUGCCACUUGUCAUGCUCUGGUUGGUCGUCUGCGCGCUGCCGUCCGCGCGUAGCGAUGACGAUGACGAUGACGACGAGGGUGAUGACGCGGUAACCGGUGCAUGCGAGGUGUCGUCGCUCGCCGGUUACAAAUACGCCGUCGACCUCAGCGGCAGCGGUCUCUACCUUCACUGGGCUCCUAAGGGCACUACUGAGAUGGACUUUGCGAUCGAGGCGCGGCCCGGAAGCAGAGCGGAGUCCACGUGGGUGUCCGUUGGGUGGUCAUCUGGACGGAUGGCUCCCGCCGACGCGGUCAUGGGGAACCUUCCUGGAAACAAGGUCGCGGCGUACUCGAUACAAGGCUACGACAUGGGGUCCGUCGUACCGACGACGGCGUUUUCGGUGGCGGCGGCGGAGGUUCUGACCAGCAAUGGCGGCAGCACGGUUUCCAAGUUCACGCGCACGAUCGGCGACGGGGAUUUCCCCGUCGCGCCCGACGCGAACACGCUUAUCUGGGCGUUUUCCGAAAGUGUCUCGCAGGGGCUCGAUUACCACGGCGGGAACUUUCCUUAUCAAGUUCUUGUUUGUAUUAUAUGGGCGAAUCUCGUCCCUCACUCUGCCUGCCAUUCUUCCCGUCGUCCCGUCGUCACCCCGUCCCGUUCUCGCAGCGGCAUCGUGAACAUCGACUUCACCUGCGCUAGCGGCGCCGCGCCCGCGACGGGUGCACCAGACUCCAUCACCGGCGGCGGCGGCAGCAGCUCGGGUUCCAGCAGCGGCGGCGGCGGCGGCGGCGGCGGCGCUUCGUGCCCGGCUUCCUCGCUGGCGGGAUUCGACUAUCAGGCGGAACUCACCCCAGGUCUGCUCCUCCACUGGAAGCCAGCGUCCGCCACGUCGCUCGACAUGGCGCUCGAGGCCACCGCAUCCGGCGGCGCCGCGGGCUCGUGGAUCUCCGUGGCCUGGACGGGCGACGGCCGGAUGGUCCCGUCGGACGCGGUCAUCGGGAACAUGCCGGGCGGCGCGGCCGGCGCGUACGCGAUCUCGGGAUACGAUAUGGGAUCCAUCGCGAAGACGACGACGUUUUCCGUCGGCGCGGCGGCGACGGAGACGUCGAGCGGCGGAAGCGCGAUCGUGAAGUUUACGCGGACGGAGGGGGAAGGUUCGAUCCCGAUGUCGCUUUCCGCGCCGAACGCGCUGAUCUGGGCGUAUUCCGGGAGCGGAUCUCAAUCGUUGGAUUACCACGGCAAUAACUUUGGUUCAAAAACCGUGAGCUUCAACUGUGGCGGCAGCAGCACCACUCCCACCACUCCUACCACUCCCCCCACUACCGCCAGUCCUCCCCCCGCAGUCCCCGCGCCCUCUCCCCCCGUCACCACCCCCACUCCGCCCACCACCUCCCCCUCCGCACCUGGCGCCAGUGGCAGCAACAGCAGCGGCCCUGCGUGCACGCCGUCUAGUCUGGAUGGCUAUACCUGCUCCGAGAAACUCAGCGGAAACGACUUCGUUCUGCACUGGAAGACCAACGGUGACUCCAUUGACCUGGCGUGCGAGGUGGCAACCACCGGGUGGGUCUCCCUGGGGUGGAGCGCCGACGGCAAGAUGUACCCCGCUGACGCCGUUGUUGGCAACCUCCCCUCCUCCACCACCAUGCGCGCCGCUAGCACCACUUCGGGCGGCGCUACAGUCGCCAGCUACAGCGUUGCUGGCUACAGUGAAUCUGACGUCACUCCGGCGGCGGCGACCCUCCCGCUGGCCGCUACAGCUGUGGAGACCUCGUCCAAUGGGAAGACGGUGGUGAAAUUCUCGCGGAGCCUGGCCGGAGGGGAUUUCCCGAUUGACACGAGUGCGAUGACGAAUCUUAUCUGGGCGUUUUCAGCUGAUGGGUCCAAGACACUUGCCAAUCACGGGGGCAACCGCGGUUCUGCGGCUGUGAGUUUCGCUGCCGGCGCUGCUGCCUCAUCUCCCCCAUCAGGCUCGGGAUCAGGCUCGGGUUUAGGCUCGCCAGCCCCCCCAACCACGCCUCCGCAGACCCCUCCUGUCCCCUCCACGCCCCCGCCAACCCCUCCUGCUGAUUCGUCUGCCGGCAGUGGCAGCAGCAGCAGCAGCAGUAACAGCACUGGAAGCAGCAGCAGCUGCACUCCUUCCAGCAUCGCUGGUUAUGCCUGCUCGGCGAAGCUUGAUGGGAACAACUUCGUCCUGCACUGGACCACCACUGGGGCAAACAUCGCCCUGGCCUGCGAGGUGGCAACCACCGGGUGGGUCUCCCUGGGGUGGAGCGCCGACGGAAAGAUGUACCCCGCUGACGCCGUCGUCGGCAACCUUCCCUCCACCACCACCAUGCGCGCCGCUGCGGGCAGCGCAGCAGGCAGCGCCACUACAGUCGCCAGCUACAGCAUUGCCGGCUACAGCGAGUCUGACGUCACUCCGGCGGCGGCGACCCUCCCGCUCACCGCUACAGCCGUGGAGACCUCGUCCAAUGGGAAGACGGUGAUCCGAUUCUCCCGCGCCAUGGCCAAGGGGGAGUUCCCGAUGAGUGCGACCGGGCCGACCAAGGUCAUCUGGGCUUACUCGGCUGAUGGGUCUAAGGCCCUGGCCAAUCACGGCCCCAACCGCGGCUCUGCCACAUCGACCCAGGCCAGGAUACUUCCAAGGCGAGCAACAGCACCAGUGCCAGCAGCAGCGGUGGCAGCAGCAGUUGCACUCCGUCGACUAUUGCUGGUUACACGUGCUCGGCUCAGCUUAGUGGCGACAAGUACAUUCUCCACUGGAAGGCCAACACAUCAACAAUCAGUUUCGCUGCUGAGGUGGCGACCUCCGGUUGGGUCUCGCUUGGGUGGAACAGCAACGGCAAAAUGGAGCCGGCCGACGCAGCCAUUGGCAACCUGCCACCUGGCAGCAACAGCGCAGCGGUCGGCCCGUACAGCAUCACGGGAUACGGCUGCGUCAGACAUCUCUGCCACGUCAGCAUUUGCCAUGUCAGGCACCACAGUGGAGUCGGCAGCCAAUGGGAAGACGGUUGUGAAAUUCACGCGGCCGAUGGCGGGAGGAUCAUACCCGAUCAACACGAACGGGCCUACCACGGUCAUCUGGGCUUAUUCUGCUGAUGGCUCUCAGACUCUCGCCAACCAUGGUCCAAACUGCGGAUCCGCUCAGAUCGACUUCAUCUCCGGCUCAAGCGUCUCGACCUCCUCUUCCUCUUCCUCAACGGCCUUCAUCAUCCACGGAUGGCUGCUCGGCAUCGCGUUCGGAAUCCUCAUGCCCGCUGCUAUUCUCAUCUCGCGAAUCUUCCUCGCCGAUAAGCUCCAGGAGAAGCCGCCCGGCGUGGACCACAUCCAGUGGGAGGAGCAGAUUGCGCGCGCGAAAUCCUGGAAGCCUAUGGCUUUCGAAACGCACAAGUGGAUGCAGAUUGUCGCGGUUGUGCUGGCUAUCGCGGGGUGCAUAAUCGGAAUGGUUGAAUCCGGUUCGGUGGGUCUGAAGGGAACCCACGGCCAGCUCGGAAUCGCAAUCUUUGUGAUGAUUUUCAUCCAGCCUGUGAUUGGUCACUUCCGGCCAAACAAGGGUACAGUGAAUCGGCCGACGUGGUUUGUUAUCCACUGGGUGUUCGGCCUGGUUAUUGUCGGACUCGCUUGGGUGAACACGUUCCUUGGGUUCGACGCCAUGGCGGCUAAAUUCGCCUCCGACAUGCAAGUGUAUUUCAUCAUCUUCGCGAUUGCGAUCGGGCUAUUUGCGGCGAUCUACGUGGUCAUCUUCACGGUGGAUCAGGUGGCGUUCAUUCUCGCGAAGUUGAGACCUGUAGCGGAUGAAGGAAGUGGAAAGCUGGUUGAUGAAGUGUAG